CAAUGCCAGGCAGAGCAGCGACACCCACCCUGCCUUCUCCACUUUUCAUACCUUCUUUACAGCAACAAGUGACCUUUAAUUUCCUAAUCUUUUUAGCCCUUACCUCUUCACCCUUCUUCACUUCUACUUCUAGGAUGCCCUUCAAUGUUAUGAGUAGUUGCCACUUUUAUCUCUCACUCUCGCCCCCCACCCCUCCUUCUCUCGCUCGCUCGCGUUGUGGAUACGGAGAAAAUCAGUGUGCAAACAAUAUAAUAGCUUGGAAUGAUGGGAGGUUGAAUUAUAGGAGGGAGGACAUGAGUUGGUUGGGUGUGCAAUCAUUUGUCGCCCAUUUCUUCAAAAGGUUGAUGAGGAUGAACCUUAUUGGAGACAGAGAAAGGAAGAUGAAGAAUUGGAAUGGUCACACAAUUCUACUCACCUGAUAUCUCAUUUGGCUCAAUGUCUUAACAAACUCAGCAACUUAAAUGUUAACAUUCCACACCUCAUCAUUAUCAAAGAUUCUUCUUUUCUUUUAUUGCUGAUCCACAUGUUGCUCGAAGUAGCUAACGCUAUGGUUGGAUCACGAUCAUGGAUAGGAGGAUUCUUUCAUCGUUCAAGUGCAAAACGUAAUCACAAGUUUGUUGACCAUCCCUUGAGUCCUCUUCAGGAACAAAGGCUUCAAAGGCUUCAAGAACGGCUGCAAGUGCCUUUUGAUGAGACUCGCCCUGAUCAUCAAGAAGCUCUGAGAGCAUUGUGGCAGUGUGCCUUUCCUGAUGUUGCUCUGAAGGGAUUGAUAUCUGACCAAUGGAAAGAUAUGGGAUGGCAAGGUCCAAAUCCAUCAACUGAUUUUAGGGGAUGUGGCUUUAUUUCACUCGAAAAUCUGCUGUUUUUUGCAAGGACAUACCCGGCAUCUUUUCAGAGGUUGUUGUUCAAGCAGGGUGGACAUAGAGCUACAUGGGAGUACCCCUUUGCUGUUGCUGGCAUUAAUGUAUCAUUUAUGCUGAUACAGAUGUUGGAUUUAUGCUCUGUGAAACCUCGUUGUCUUCCUGGAAUUAAUUUUGUCAAAUUAUUAGAAGAAGAUGAAGAAGCAUACGAUGUGCUAUACUGUAUAGCUUUCGAGAUGAUGGAUGCUCAAUGGCUGGCUAUGCAUGCUUCCUACAUGAACUUCAAUGAUGUUUUACAAGCAACAAGGGUGCAGUUGGAGAAAGAGUUGUGCUUGGAAGACCUUCACAGGAUGAAAGAUCUUCCCUCAUACAAUCUCUUGUACCAUUGGCAAUAGCUGUUCUCUUCUUUCUCUGCUCCUCUCUUCAGAACCAGAAACACGUUCAAAACUUGUAAGUAUUUUUGACAGCCACAUGGAUAAUAUCCAUGCUGAACUGCUGGGAAAACGGGUUGUAUCUGUCUUCUUCUCCCUCAGUUCUUUGCAUGUACAGCUUCUAUUUGAUAAAUGAGCUAAUUACGUUGAGGCUAAUCUAUCCAUUUGAAAUACCUCUCGCAAUGGAAUCAGAGCCUAAGCUGUUCAGUGAAUGACUAUUUUUCCUUGAGCAUGCAUGGAUAUCCACUUAUGAGAUGGAAUGAAAAGUCCUUUCCAAUUGUGCUUCUAGAAUGAAACCUUUCAAUAA